UCCACAACCUCCACUGAGGUCUCAAGGAGUCAGUCAAUUGUACGACAGGUGUACAAGGUUGAGUUGAAGGUUCGAGGGAACUUUCCAUAUCUACGAAGCUCUUUUGGAAGGUCAGGGAUACUCUCAAGCUGGAGGGAGAAGUAUCGUUCAUGCAUUUUGAUUAGUUGCCAAGAGGGGUCGGUACGAUUGUGGCGACCAUGAACGUGGAGGUGGUGGAUGUGCAGAGCUGUUUGGGUGCAGACGAAAUUGAGCUGAUGAAGCUCGCCAGUAGAGCUUACGCUAAGUACAAAGUGCAACUACUGAACUUCGUAAUUACAAGACCUACAUCAGUAAAGAAUGCUCAGAAUGCUUGUGUGCAACGAGAGUGCUCGUGCGUGAAAAUUCUGAAACUGGUGUUUGGGUGAUUCUUCGAGAGAAUCUGAGUGAUGUCACUGCUUUGUGAUUUUCUCCACGCCACGCCCCGUUGCGUGCGAGACACGGGCAAUAGGUUCUGUCUCAGAUUAGCUCCAGUCUAGUUCUGGAAGUUGGUUCGUUUGAUCGUCUCUUCGACCGCCGAACAAUACCGAGCAGGUACUGGUGGAAAUAUUCUGCAUUUACUGCCCAUCGAAUUCUGCAGUUCAGAUUAUAGGAGGGCUAUUUUGCAGUUGGAGAUUGUUGAGAAUGAAGUGCA